AAAGUAUUUUAUCUUCAGUGUCGUCUGUCGCAUUCAAAUGUUUAAUGCACGUAUAUUUGAAACGAUUAUAGUAGUUAUUACAUAUUAGUAUAUUUUUAUUGUGAACUCGGUGUACUAGGUGACAGUGGAACAAUUUAUCAGUUAUAAAAAUAUUACAUGAAUUAUGUAUUUAAAAAAGUUACAAAAAAUCGUUGUAUUAUUUUAAUAAUAAUCAAAUGAUUAUUUGGGAACAAACGUAUAUUUAAUACGUAACAUUACUAUGGCGACUUGGGAAGAUUUAAGAAAACAAGCCAGGCGCCUGGAAUCAGAAAUUGAUUCUAUGCUGGUUUCCUUAAGCAAAAUAAGUACCAAUAACCCAAUGAUGUAUGGCGAUGAUGAAUCACAACUACUAUUGUCUGAUGACAGAUUUGACACUGCCACUUCUGAAAUCGAGGAACUUCUUACCAAGUUAAAUGUUGUCAAUGAUAAAAUGGGAGAAUGGAAUACCAACAGUGGUCAUUCUAAUGUUUCACAAAAUAUGCAUACUGUACAACGACAUAGAGAUAUAUUACAGGAUUAUACAAAAGAAUUUCAAAAGAUACAAUCAAAUGUCAGAGCACGAAGGGAAAGAGAAGAUUUACUACACAGCGUUCGACAGGACAUUGAUGGUUAUAAAAAUUCCGGAACAAAAAAUCGUCGAAUGGAUUUGUAUGUCAAAGAGCACGAUCAUAUUCGUAAUUCUGAUCGCUUAGUGUCUGAUCAAAUAUCAAUAGCGAUGGAAACUAGAGAACAUCUGGUAUCACAACGUCAUCAUUUUAAACGAUUACAAUCAAGGUUGCAUGAUUUGUCAAGCAGAUUUCCUGCUCUCAAUACACUUGUACAAAAAAUAAAUAUGAGAAAAAAACGCGAUUCGUUAAUUGUUGCAGGUGUUGUAGUCGUUUGUACUUUUGUUAUUCUUUUUUACACAUUUCAUUAAGUGUACAAUAUUAAUAGAAAUUAAUUUUUUUUUUUUAACUAUAAUACACUUGGUUUUUAAAUGGUAAAUUUUACUUAUAAUAUAUUGUAUAUUAUAUAACAUUAUUGUUAAACAACACAAGUUGAAUAAUUAAAUUUUUAAUAAAAGUCAAGGGGCAGUCCUUUUAUCUCACUGCUACAUUCGUCGUAUAAAUCUGCAUAGUCUUCAUGUUUGCGAAUGAGUACCAUUACCGCUGACCGCUUGACACCCAUUGAUGAACCCAAAUCCUCACGAGAUGGUACAUAGCAAUAAAACAGUCCUUUGUUUUCACAAAUUCCAGGCAUGUGACUCAUGAUAUCAAUUGGUGUAACAUCACCAGCAAAUAUAACUAAUCCUGUUUCACCUCUGCGAAUACGUCUUUGCACUUCUUUCAAACCUACCCUUAAAUAAGUUUUUUCUUUA